UGAAGCCUCAUGCUGCAGCAUUGGUCGUCCUGACAAACGCAACAGCGGGUGACUAUUUGUUCGGCUCCCGCUAACACAAAGAACCGUUUAACACUGUACGCCCACUGUCUAGAAAGGUAGAAAUCGUCGGCGGCCAACGGCCAACAGCCAAGUCCGCCUGCAAAUCAAAUGUGCGCUUCUAAAGUGAAAACGUUAAGCUCGCUUUUCGGUUCCUCCAUUAGAAAGACAUCAAAGAAGUCCCGCUUGAGCUCAGGAGCACGCGAUACAAACCUUAAACAAUUCGUUUGCUCUUUGGACUCCUCAGCUGAUAGUUCAGGAAUAGUGGGCUCGAAGAAACCCGCUUUGAGAACUUCGAGGAAAUUGGCGCUGGAAACUCUGUCAGCGGAGUCGCAGUCGGUUAAUUCCGAGGAUUCCAAGAAGCAACUAUCCAUGGAUAUAUCUUCUUUGUUAUGUGGAAGUACGGUUCCACAGUCACCCAACUCAUCGGCUCUGUCUGCGCCUGAUGACAGAGAAUCCAUGGAGAAAGUGUUAGACAUACCAUGGAUUUCAAAUAUAUCUCAUGCCAGAGUGUCAAUUCACCAUAAGGAAAUUUCACGUCAGAGGAAACAAAAAUGGAUUUUCAAGAACAGCCAGAGUAAUCGUUUUGAGCGGUUAGUAAAAAUGUCUGCACAAAAACUGGGCACGGAAGCCACACUCGAGUUUUUUGGCAAACUGGGACGAGAAACUGGUGUCAAAGAAUACAAAGCAUUGAUGGAACAUUGUAUUCAGAAGGCCAGGGACAGUGAAGAUGAAGAAGUUUCAUUGCAUGAGAUUCAUAAGGCUUUUCAACUCUUUCAAACAAUGAGAGAACAUGGUUUUCAAAUAGAAGAAUAUAUUUAUGGUCCAUUUCUUAUGUAUUUGAUCGACAUGGGAAUGGUGGAAGAAUUCCAAUUUUUUAGUAGAAUUAUCCAAGAUGAGAACCCUGGCUCAAUUUCAAGACUGGGUUACUAUGAAAUGUCGCUUUGGAUUAGGGUUGACGAUGAGAGUAAAGUUCAGGAGCUAUGCAAUUCUAUUGAACUUGAUAAUGAGGGAGACAGAUAUAGCUUAGCAGAAAACUAUUUGUUGGCACUGUGCGAAAAUGACAGAUUGAAGGAGGUUUUGCAAUUAUCAGAAAUUCUGGACAUAACAAAAAUUUCAUCAUUGCACUACAUUGCUAGUUUCUUCAAGUCCCUAGGGAGGCUAUUACUAGAGAACCUUGCUGAAAAGUUCAUUUUGGCAUUCAAAACCUGUGAACCUGGAGCGAAAAAUAUGUCAGACUUCAUCUAUUACUAUGCUACUAGCAUGCCAAAUUUAGCGGUUGAGGAUGUCAUUUUAAAAUUCAAAGUCUUGCAUGAGAAGUUUGAAGUGGCUCCUUCAUCCACAUCAUAUGAAAAGCUUAUUGUGUACUGUUGUGAUUCACUCAAGGUGCAUGCAGCUCUUGAUUUAGUGGAUCAAAUGUUUCAAUUGGGUUUGACUUUAUCUGUCGGAAGUCUCAAUUCAAUCUUACAUGCAAGUGAGGAGAGCUGUGAGCUUGAAUUGGUACAUUCUAUCUAUUCAGUGAUACGCCACCAUAGCUUGAAUGCAAAUGCCGAGACCUUUAAGAUGAUGAUAAAUCUGUGUGCAAAAAUGAAAGAUUUUCAAGGUGCAUAUAAAAUGUUAACAGAUUUAGAAGAUUUAAACUUGGUCCCUACAUCAAAUAUGUACAAUUCGAUAAUGGCAGGAUACUUUAGAGAGAAAAACAUCAGUGGUGGGUUGAUGGUUCUCAAGCAAAUGGAACGUGCAGGUGUAAAACCAGAUACUCAGACUUUCAGCUUUUUAAUUGCAAACUGUGAAAGUGAAGAAGAUAUUAAAAAGUAUUAUGAAGAAAUGCAACGUGCUGGAGUUCAAGCAACAAAGCAUAUUUACAUGGCACUCAUAAAUGCGUAUGUUAAUUGUGGACAGUAUGAGAAGGCAAAACAGGUGGUCUUGGAGCAAGGGAUUUCAGUGAAGUACAUAAAUGAAGUUAAGAGUGUGUUAAUAUCAGCUCUUGCCUCGUCUGGGCAAACAGAAGAUGCACUUAAAAUUUAUGAAGAAAUAAAGCAAGCUGGAUGUAUUGUGGAGCCCAAGGCCAUUUUAAACCUCAUUGAACAUAUUCAAACUGAAGGGGAGUUGAGUAGAAUGUUUGAGCUGCUCGGGGAGUUGAAUGACCUUGUCAUUUGGUUUGAUGGGUGUGGCAGAGUUGUGCAAUAUUGUAUCCGAAACAAGCAUCUAAGGUCUGCUGUAGACUUACUCAAGCAAUUAAAGGAUAAAGAUGAAUCGGCUACCGAUGCUGUAUUAGAUCAGGCAUUCUGUAAAAUUUCGGAGAUGGAAUCCACAGAUCUGCAGAUAGGAUUGGAUUUGCUCCGAGCUAUCAAGGAUGAACUUGGCCUACUUCCAUCUCGAACAAGCCUAGAUUUCCUUCUCAGUAGCUGUGUAAAUGCCAAAGAUGCGCAAAGCGCUCGGUUGAUUUAUGAUGAGUAUAAGAAAGUCGGCCUUCCUUACAAUGUCUUAACUUUCUUAAGGAUGUAUCAAGUCCUUUUGGCUUCAGGGGAACAUACAUCUACAAAGAACAUGCUGAAAAAGAUACCUCAAGAUGAUCCCCAUGUUCGUCAUGUCAUCAAUGCAUGUCAAAAAAUUUAUGGUAAUUCCAAAUCCGUAAAGAAAAAGAAGAAAUGACCUUACGCCUGUAUGUGUUUUGUAUAAAAAUUGUCCCCUCCCCCCCCCCCCCCUUCUCUGGAGGUGU